CGAAACUAGCAGAAAGUGAAAGGAUGGAUUGAUCCGCAGCUCGGCUCCUCCGCUCCGCGCAGUGGUUGUUUGUUGUCGUCCCGUACCGUGUGUGUGCCGUGCGCCCCGCGACGCCGUCGAGGGCACCACCGCCGCGGCCGCGCCCCAAAUGUGCCCGCGAGGACGCGAGUGCGCGAGUGUGCGAGAGGCGCGGGCAGCAAGUGCCCAGGGACGGCUCAGGGACGGGUGUUCGCGAGUGCCAACAUGGUGUGAGGUGUGAGGCUGGCGCCAGCCACCAUGGUGUCUGUGUGGGAUCCCGUGCGGGUCCUGGUGGUCCUGCUGCACCUCGCGGGGCCCUUGCUGUCAACGCCCGUCGUCCAGCAAGGGAUGCCACUGGGUGACAUGAUUCGCUACUCCGAGCCGGCCCGCUACGACGCCGAGUCGCUGCGCCUGCAGCACCGCCGCCUGCGCCGCAGCCCGGGCCGGCCGGACCCGGACCGGCCGGACCCCACACAGCAUCUCUCGCUCAACUUCACGGCGCACAACCGGAACUUUCGGCUGCACCUGAGGCCCGACACCUCCGUCUUCGCGGACGACGUGGCGUUCGAAGGAUCGCGCGGCCCGCUGCACUUCGACCACCACCGGGCGCUCACAGGAUCGCUGGAAGGCGAGGAGGGCACGCUGGUGCAGGGCGUGGUGACGGCGGACGGGCUGUUCGACGGCACCGUCCUCACGGCCGCCGAGCACUACCACAUCGAGCCGGCGGCGCGCUACAUCCGGGACGCGCCCUUCCACUCCGUCAUCUACCGCGCCUCGGACGUGGUCGCCCCCAAGCUAGACGGGGGGUGCGCCUCGCAGCGGCUGCACGAGCGCAGCGUGCACGAGCACGAGCACGUGCCCGAGCCGCGCAGCCGGCGGCGGGAGCGCGUCAAGCGCUGGUGGGUGCCGGUGACGCGCCAGGGCCACCGGGUGCGCGGCCGGCACUCCAAGGCGCACGACGCCGCCGUCCCCGAGCCGCCCGAGCCGCCGGACCUGGACUACUCUGACGUGGACGCGGUCGGGGACGGCGCGGGCCUGGACCGCAGCGAGGAGAGCCUCGGCGACCUCAGCGCGCACUCGCCCAUCCGACCGCGCGCGCCACAGGAGCCCCAGGACGCCGUCAGGCCGCAGGCGCCCGCCAAGACGGUGGACCACGGCGGCGGCGACGUGCGGGAGACGUCCUCACUCGAGGACUUCAGCGAACCCUACAACACGUACAACCUGCACAAGCACCACCACAACAGCGGCAACUCGGUGGACGUGUUCAGCGGCAAGUCGGAGCAGAACGCGACCGGCCGGUCCCUGGAGGCGAACAGCGCGCUGCCGGAGAGCACCAACAAGAUCGUGCUCUACAACCACACCAUCCUGAUCAGGCCCAAGCAGCCGGGCGACCGCGACGUGGCCACCGCGACCAACCACAUCGUGCCGCCGCAGACGGUGGGCGGCGCGGGGGCGGGCGCCGACAGCGUGUCCAAGGUGCUGUCGGGCUACUACAUGCCCGAGGACGACCCCCGCCACUUCAACAAGCGCGCCACCACCAUCGACCCCAAGAAGACGACGUGCAUGCUGUACCUGCAGGCCGACCACCUCUUCUUCCAGAAGUACGGCACCGAGGAGGCGUGCAUCGAGGUGAUGACGCGCCACGUGCAGCGCGUCAACGCCAUCUACCGCACGACCGACUUUAACCAGGACGGCAAGGCGGACAACAUCAGCUUCAUGAUCAAGCGCAUCAAGGUGCACACGACGGAGGCGCUCAACGACCCGGCCUACCGCUUCCCGGACAACUACGGCGUGGAGAAGUUCCUCGAGCUCUUCUCGGAGGAGGACUACGACGCCUUCUGCCUGGCGUACAUGUUCACGUACCGCGACUUCGAGAUGGGCACGCUGGGCCUGGCGUGGACGGGCGACCUGAAGAACGCGGGCGGCGUCUGCGAGAAGAACGGCCACUACCGGGGCAGCCUCAAGUCGCUCAACACGGGCAUCGUGACGCUGCUCAACUACGGCAAGCACGUGCCGCCCGCCGUGUCGCACGUGACGCUGGCGCACGAGAUCGGCCACAACUUCGGCUCGCCGCACGACCCGGAGCUGUGCACGCCCGGCGGCGAGGACGGCAACUUCAUCAUGUUCGCGCGCGCCACGUCGGGCGACAAGAAGAACAACAACCAGUUCUCGGCGUGCAGCCUCAACAGCAUCAACCCCGUGCUCAACGCCAAGGCGCGCAGCGCCAAGGGCUGCUUCACCGAGCCGCAGACGGCCAUCUGCGGCAACGGCGUGGUGGAGCCCGGCGAGGAGUGCGACUGCGGCUGGGAGGAGGACUGUCGCGACAAGUGCUGCCACCCGCAGCGCCGCUACCCGCCGCCGGGCGAGCCGCCGUGCCGGCUCACGCCGCGCAGCCUGUGCAGCCCGUCGCAGGGCCCGUGCUGCACGGCCGAGUGCGGCCUGCGCUACGGCGACAAGUGCCGCGACGACAACGGCUGCCGCGACUCGAGCUUCUGCGACGGCCGCGGCCCGCACUGCCCGCCCUCCGUCAACAAGCCCAACAAGACCAUCUGCAACGAGGAGUUCGUCUGCUUCAUGGGGGAGUGCACCGGAUCCAUCUGUUUGGCGUAUGGCUUGGAGUCGUGUCAGUGUAUACCUGGACCAAACGACCCACCGACUAAGGCUUGUGAGCUGUGCUGCAAGCAGCCGGGUGACAACAACCCUUGUUUAUCGUCGUUCUUGUGGAAUUCCGCUCCUUAUGAUGUGCCUGACAUGUUCUCUAAACCUGGUACUCCAUGUAAUGACUAUAAUGGCUACUGUGAUGUCUUCCAAAAAUGUCGUGAGGUUGAUCCAUCUGGACCUCUCGCCACUCUACGAAAGCUACUAUUGUCAGAGGAGAGCAUUGCCAGUUUCAAAAAAUGGAUUUGGUACAAUUGGUACUAUGUGCUGAUGAUUUCACUGGUAGCAAUCUCUAUUUUGUACUUGAGCGCAAAGCUGCUGACCAAGUCGCCCGACCCCAAGAUGCUGUCGGUGACCAUCAUCCACAGCUCGACCACGGAGACGGUGCGGCUGCCCGGGGAGGGUCCGGGCGGGGGGACGGGGGGCCAGCCGACCAUCGUGCACCCUGCGGCGGCGCGCAAGCUGCCGCUCAAGCGGCGCGUCCGGCUGGACCGGAGGCGGCGCAAGGAGGGCCGGAACAAGACGGCGCCGGCGCCAAGCGGGCCCAGCGCGCCGACGGCCCAGCCCAGCUCGUCUGCACCUGCGGCCUCCCCUAGCGCGGCCGCGGCCGGCGCCAGCGCCAGUGGGGCCGACGCCGCGGCCAUAGCCGCCUCACUGGCGGCGGCUGCCAGCGCCGGCCGCGCCAAGAAGAGGACCCUGGGGCUCAGCAAGAAGGCCGGCACCUCUAGCGCAGCCGAGGCGGAGGUGUGCGAGGCGGCGCCGCACUCGCCGCGCAAGGGCUCGUCGCGGACCAAGCACGGCCCGGCCACCAAGCUCAACGUGAAGAAGGCGGCCAAGCGCGCCAAGAAGGAGGUGAUCGACUACAGCGCCAAGCAGAGCCCCAGCUGCAGCGAGCAGGACAAGAUGCUGGGCCAGAGCCCGCUGGGGCAGAGCCCGCUCGCGCUCACGCCCAGCGACGACCCCAUGGGCAAGGUGCACAACUGGCUGCUCAGCUCGCAGCUGCAGCAGCGGCACGAGGCGGCGGCUGAGCUGCCGCAGCCGGCGCAGGCAGCUGUCGCGGACCCCGCCGCAGCUGCGGGGCCGGCCAAGUCCAAGGCCAGCCCGGAGGCGGCGGGUCAGCCGCGGCGCAGCCUGGUGCAGCCGACGGGUCAGCUGGACGCGGACAAAGUGCGCCUGCAGGUGCUGUACAAGACGCCCUUCAAGUUCCGGCUCAAGCUCAAGGGCUCGGGCCCGACGGGCGUGACGACCAAGCUCAGUGCCGACCGGGUGCGCAAGCUGCCGCCCACGCCGCCCGCAGAGGACCAGGGCGCCGCGGCCCGCAAAGUGGUGGGGGGAAUAGCGGGCCCGCGCACGGCCAUGCUCGUACGGACUAGAGAGUCGGGCAGCGGCAGCAACAACAACCACCACAGGAAGUCGCGCAGAAAGGACCCGUGCGAGCCGCUGCCCUCGCCGCCGGCCCCGGUGCUGCCGUCGGCGCCCCCGCUGACGCAGCUGACGCAGCUGACGCAGCUGACGCAGCUGGCGCCCGCCCCGGCCGCGCCCGAGUGCCCGCCUACGCCACCCAGGGAGGUGGACAUCGACUCCAACAUCCACACGGUGCCCUCGGACCUGGAGGGGCUGCUGUCGGAAGUGGGGGCCAACCCGGGCAAGAGGGCGUGAGCUCAGCUGCGGUCGGGCGCUCUGGAGGGCUCUGGCGCGCUCGACCGCUGGUUAGGACUGUCGAGUUUCCUUUUCGUGUAAAUGAUAUGUACAAAUAUUGAUCUGGGGAAAGAUUAACGCCAAUAACAUGAAUAUUUUUUAGUUACGAAAACAAUGGAAUCAAUAAUUGUGGGGGAGUGAUGUAAAGAAGCCUACCAGACUUAGUCAGUCUGAACCUUUGCAAGGAUCUGUGUCUGCAUUAGUCAAAUGUCUAUGUCCCUUUGGGACUUCAAAUAGGCGCUAUUAGCGCUUCUUUAUCAUCCAAGUGUUUUGUUGUAUUGUUUAACAAGUGAUUUGUAUGCUUUUGCUUUCGAGAGCAAAAGAACGCAAGCAAGAGCCAACCAAAUCCAAAACUUUCUUUAAUUUUUUUGGAAAAUAUGUGUGCUUGCGUGUGUGAGUGUGUUUGUCUGUAUGUAUGAAUAUUCAAUAUUCAGAAUUUUUGCUAUUUCUAUUCUUAUAAAGAUAAAUUAUUUAAAAAUAUGACAUUUUAUGGUCAGUGCUUCAAACUGAUUUACUCUCUGUCUUGUAAUGUGAGGCAAAGGUUACCAUGUGAUAUUUAAAAGCCUACUCAGUCCAUCUAAUCAGUGUGAGUACCAGCUUUUCUCUAAUUAGCUGUAAGGCAGCUGAGGCCAAACUUAUUUGUAGUAUUGUCCUAAAUCUGACUGAACUAUUAUCUUGACCCCUGGCAAUCAAUUCUCAGCACAAGAUAACGAUCAUUUUGUGCAGUUCCCCUUAUGUCAUUGCUCUUGCUCCUCUCUUGCAGAAUUUCAUAUCAAACUUGUUAUAUAUUUAUUUGCAUUUUCUAGAAAGUCAUUGUGAUCUUAGUUUUCUUGUAUUUGUUGAAUAUCAAAGUGAUCUUGUUUGUGACAUUCCUUAUUAGGGUCUAUCUUGUAGGCCUAGAACUCUAUGAACUUUUUAAGUUGCUUACCCGCUCCAGCUUUGGUUUGCUCUCUAUUUGCCUUUCUGGAGCAUAAAUGCUUGUACUUAACUACCUCAUUGAAGAACAAAACUGUUGUGGAGUCUUGGGGUAUUGGAUGAUGAAUUUGACUAUGCGAGAAUUUGUUUACAGUUAUCUUGUAUUUAGACUUUGCUGGUUCUUUAUCUUAUCAUUGUGAUUUGAGUUUGAUUUGUCAGUUUUGUUAUCAACUCUGAACUCCCGCUACCCUGUUUUAAAAAGUAUAUCUCUCAUACCUCCUUCAAAUAGUGCCAAUAAUGUGACUCUUUGUGAGAAAUGAGUGAAUGAAAUAAUAUUUUGUGGCAAAGUUCAAAGUGCCAAAUUUCCCCUAAUUUCAAUUUUGUUUGUCAGUUUGUUUUUCAUUAAUUCUGAAUCAUUGUGCACUCAUUCAUUUGCUCUAGUGUGAUCUCACUCAGAGUUCAUCAUACAUUAAUGUGAUUUGGUAUCUAUUAACUGUGGAAGAGGAAAGAAGCAAGUCAACUUUGUUGAUGUGAUCACGUUCAAGGUGUAUUUUAAGUUUGUUGUGUUUGCUGAUUUUCUGUAUAGAAUUUGAGCAUAUUCUGUUUGUGAUAUUAGUUUUCUCUUUUUUAAGACUAAUUUUUUUAUGUUAUUUUUAAUAUUAUUAUUUAUGAAAUGUCCUGUGUAAGAAAUGAUCUGACAUGUGUUAACAACAACCAAACAUCCACAAUUUAGUGAAAUGCUCAAAAUUUAAUUUUGAAUCAUUCAUUAGUACAGCGUUGCUUUUCAAUUUUGAGCUUUUCUCCCUGUCUCAAUUAUCCAUGUCAAUCAGUGUUCAUAGUAUCACUGAAUCAUAUUGCCCUGACCUUUUUUCAGACUGAAAUGUUUUUGAUUCAUUUUGAUCACAACAUCCUAUCUCUUGAUAUUCAGUUCUCUUUAUUAAUUAUAUGUUUGUGUCUAAAGUGUAAGCUCACAUUGAUAUCAAGUAUCCUACCUAAUUUGUUCUGUGCUCAAGAUGUCAUGUAAGUGAGAAGGGAUUUUUUUAAUCUACUUAUUGUUUCCUUGCGGUGUUCUUAAGUCACAUUCAUAACAAGAUUUAAUCUAAUUUCUACCCUAGUUCAGCACUGCAGUUUUGUGUAAGUACUUUUUCUAGAGAACUAAGCACUGCCUUGUAAGUCUGUGCUUUUGUUGCAGUGAAGUUCACUGUGGAAAAACUGCCAUCUUUUAAAACAUACAACUCUCUUUGUGCAACGUAUGACAAUAUAAUUAUGAAAAUGACAAGCUUCCUGCUUCUCUUUUUCGGCUUCUGUGACUUUAUGAUUAUUGUGAGGUAAUUUGGAACCUUGUCAAUCGAAAGCUCAUUGCAUUUGGUAAGAACUGAAGUCCAUAUUCAAGUGAGCUCUUGUGCCUUUCUAUCAAUUUGAUGAUGAAGCUAGUGGAGCAGGAUGCAAUGAGUCAUGUGCCAGUGAACCAAAUCAUGUUCCGUCUGUUUCUUGAUUUGAUGAUGAAUGUAGGAUUAUCUCUCUUACAAUUGAUGUUAAAAGUAUUUUUGUAUAAGCUAGAGUUCAAAUUAUUUCAGGGUCAUGCACAUCACAUGACAGAACUGGGGUGUUCCCCAUGAUUAUCACGCAUAGAACAUUAAGUAGGAAUUUAUCUCCAUAUCUCGAAGGAAACUAAGGUACUGUAAAGUUUUGUGUAAAAUAUUUCAUUUUUCAGUAGUUUUCUCUCAUAUGUUAAUUUUUUUAUUUCAAAAAUCUUGAAAAUUAUUAUUACUAGAAGGAUGCUUGUGUAUAUCAGUCCACCAUACCAUAGGUUGGAAAAAUUCAGAUUUACUUUGGAAAUUACGAAAAACAAUAGUUGACCUACUUUUGCUGCAGUUUGUUUUCUUCCAAAUAGAUGAAAUCCGUCUUUGAGAAAAUUAAAUCUGAUGUUCUGUACACUUUUGAGAUAAUUUGGACUUUUCCAUUAGGAAUCCUGCCAAACCAGUGCCAAGCCAUUAAGAUCAUGUACCAGUUAACAGUGGCUUUGAUGCUUAUAAUCUUUAUGACCAUAGGAAGAAUUAGAGCUUGGCAACAUUGUUCUGAAAGCGCUGUGCUGUGCCAAAUAAACCUUUUUAGUCCGUGAUUCAAGAGUUAUGGAGAUUACAAUUUUUUCAAAAGACUUCUGGUGUUUAUUGAUUGAGAUGUUAGUUACAUGUAAAAAAUUGAUUAUCUGACUUCAUACUUAUUUGAAUUGAAAUAUUGCCACUGAUAUAUUUUGUUUGCUGCUAACUCAUCAAUCUGUGACUUUUACUCUGGAGUAUUUAUUUAGUGAUAUUUUGAUGAAACAAGUUUCAUCUCUAACUCAGUAUAACCAAGGAUCUCACCUUCUCACCAUUGUGAGGCUUGUGACAUACCUCUGUUUAAAGAAAAAACUAAUUCGUAAUUUAUAAAAUCCUGUACACUCUAAGGCAAAAAUAUAAAGUAACUGUGUUAUUGAA